UGCUCCGUAGGAUCCCACCAUGAGCGGCCUCGGCGACGGCUCCGCGGAUCCGGCGAUUCCCGAAUCCCGGAAGCGCAAAGGAUCCCCCUGCGACCCCGCCCAGAGCGCGGAGAAGCGGCGGCGGGAGCAGGAGCAGCGCUACCUGCACGAGCUGGCCGAGCUGCUGUCCCUGAGCCUCGGUGACAUGGACGCGCUGGCCACCAAGGCCGAGCACGGCCACGCCCUCAAAAACACCGUGGGACACCUGCGGCACCUGCGCAGGAUGCAGCACGAGAAGUGUGCCGAUGACGACGUGCAGAAAUCCGACAUCUCCUCCAGCAGCCAGGGCGUCAUCGAGAAGGAAUCUCUGGGGCCCCUCCUGCUCGAGGCCCUGGAUGGUUUUUUUUUCGUGGUGAACCGCGAGGGUCGGAUCGUGUUCGUGUCGGAGAACGUGACGGGAUAUUUGGGCUACGGGCAGGAGGAGCUGAUGAACUCCAGCGUUUACAGCAUCCUGCACGUGGGAGACCACGCCCAUUUUUCCCUGUUUUUAUUCCCAGUGAACGGGGUGCCGUGGCCGCAGGAGCCGUCGCGCCGGGGCAGCCACACGUUCCAGUGCCGGAUGUUGGUGCGGCCGCCGGACGAGGGCGGCUCCGAGAACGCGGAGCUGCGGCAGCGCUACGAGGUGAUGCAGUGCUUCACUGUGAGCCAGCCCAGAGCCUUCCAGGAGGAGGGGGAAGAUUUCCAGUCGUGUCUGAUCUGCAUCGCCCGGAGGUUGCCCCGCCCGGCGGCCCCGGCCCCCACCGAGUCCUUUGUCACCAAACAGGACACCACAGGGAAGAUCAUCUCCAUCGACACGAGCUCUCUGCGCGCCGCCGGCCGCACGGGCUGGGAGGAUCUGGUCAGGAAAUGCAUCUACGCCUUCUUCCAGCCCCAGGGCCGAGAGCCCUCCUAUGCCAAGCAGCUCUUUCAGGAAGUGAUGAGGCGGGGCACGGCGUUCAGCCCCUCGUACCGUUUCACGCUGAGCGACGGCUCGGUGCUGAGCGCUCACACCAAGUGCAAGCUGUGCUACCCCUCGAGCCCCGAGCUGCAGCCCUUCAUCAUGGGCAUCCACGUCAUCGACAGGGAUCACGGAAUUCUCCCUCCCCAGGACAGCCCCGCUCCCGGCCUGGCCCUUCCCAGAUUAAAUCCCAACAUUUCCCCGGGGUCGGGAAUGGCUUUGGCCCCUUCCCUCCCCGCAUCCAACGGCUCCGUCAUGGCCACGCCCUCUCCCCAUCCCGCCAAUUCCCAGCAGAAUUUCGGGAACGCGCUGGCGUCCAACGUUGCCUUAACCCCAAACCCCGCGGGUAAUUCCCACCCUUUGUCCCACGGCAGCUCCCCCAUGGGCAGCCCCGCCAUUCCGGCGCCGCAAUUCCUGAAUCCUCGGCACCGCGGCAGCCCGGGCUUGAUUCCCAGAUCCCGAGCUCCUCCUCCUCCUCCUCCUCCUCCUCCUCUUCCUCCUCCUGCUGCUGCUGCUGCUGCUGCUCCCGGCAAUCCCUUCUCGCCGUCCAUGCACUCCUCCGGAGGCGGGAAUUCCCGACCUUUCCCGGCAAAUCCCGACGCCAACCCGGCGGCGUCGGCGUCGUCGGCGCCGUUCCCCAGGCAGCAGAAUUCCCAAAACUCCCCCGGUCGUUUGGGCGGCAAAUCCGAAUGCAAGGAUUCCUUGGGAGAGGCCGUCCAAGGAGAGGCGGAGAAAGGGGCGGAAACGGCGCCCGGAUCCGACGGCUCCGACGGGAAAUGCCCGCAGGCCACCAGCCAGCGUCUGGUGCAGCUCCUGGCCAGCACGGCCGAGCAGCAGCUGCGGCACCACGCCGACGCCGACACCAGCUCCAAGGAUUCCUUGGCCUGCGCCGGCGUCUCGUCCGGGAAUGCCGCGGCCGGGAAUUCCUGCCCGUCCUCGCACAGCUCGCUGACGGAGCGGCACAAAAUCCUGCACCGGCUGCUGCAGGAGGGGAGCCCCUCGGACGUGCCGGGCUUGGAGCAGGACAAGAAGGAGAGCGCGGGCGGGAAUCCCGGCGGGAAUCCCGGCGGGAAUCCCGGCGGGACGGCGGAGGCGGAGAAGAAGAAGGAGAGCAAGGAUCACCAGCUGCUGCGGUACCUGCUGGACAAGGACGAGAAGGAGGCGGCAGCCGCGCUCGGCCUGGACGACGUCAAGGUCAAGGUGGAGAAGGGCGAGGCCCCGGAGCCCUGCCCGGCCCCGCCCGGAGCGAUUCCCAAAAUCCCACCCGGGGACGACGGAAAGGCGGAGGCGGCGCCGGGCCAGUUCUCGGCCGAGCUGGAGCAGCUGGAUCAGCUCCUGCCUUCCUUGGAAAAAUCGGCGCCGAUUCCCGGGAUUUGCGGCCCGGAAAGGAACGAAUCCGGAAUUUCCGGAAUUCCCGGAAUUUCUGGAAUUCCUGGAAUUUCUGGAAUGUCUGGAGUGUCUGGAGGAGUGACCCCCCUGCAGCCCAGCACGGCCGCCAGAGCCCCCACGGCUCUGGGCCCCUCCCCCGCUCCUCGCGCUCCCUUCGACUUCUGCGACCCCGGGAAUUCUGGGAAUUCUGGGAAUUCUGGGAAUUCUGGGAAUUCUGGCGCCUCCCGCGGCCCCGCCCAGCCUGGAAGAAACUCCGGGAACGUUCCCAAUCCUUUCCCUCCGGAUUCAGGUUAUUCCCCGAGAUUCCUGAGUGGGAGGGAUGAGACUGAGCUGGGGGAGAUCGACCGCGCCCUCGGCAUCGACAAACUCGUGCAGGGCGGUGGCCUGGAGGCGCUGACGGAGCGAUUCCAACCCCACCAAGCCACGCCCCCUCCGCUGCUCCUGGAGCAAAAACCGGGAAUGAUUAUUCUGGGGUUGAUUUUGGUAAUUUCUGUCCCUCCCCAGCCCCCCCUGAACGCUCAGAUGCUGGCUCAGCGGCAGCGGGAGCUCUACAGCCAGCAGCACCGGCAGCGGCAGCUGAUGCAGCAGCGCGCGCUCCUGAUGCGGCAGCAGCAGCAGCAGCAGCAGCAGCAGCAGCAGCAGAAUUUCGGGAAUUCCGCCGGCGUCGCCAUGGCGGCGCCCCGGGUGGCCCAAGCCCCUCCCCAACAAUUCCCCUUCCCCGCCCCCCCCGGGUACGGCGCCGGCGCCGGGAGCGCCCCCGGCUUCUCCGGCGAGGGCCGCGCCUCCCUCGGGAACCGCGGCGCCAUGGGAGCCCCGUUCGGAGCCGGGGUGGGCCCGGCCGGGAUGCAGCAGAACCUGUUCCAGUACUCGGGAUCAG